GGACAAAACACCAAACGCAAAGCUGCCAUGAGUUCUGUAAGUCAAAGCAUUUCUGAGAAUAACUCCAUUGUUCAUCCUGAAUACUUUUUCAUCAUUGGACUUUCAGGUAUACCAUACAGCACUUAUUACUAUAUUUUCUUAUUUUUCAUUUAUAUUAUUUCUGUAAUUGAGAACUCUGUAGUCCUUUUUAUUAUAGUUGUUGACCGGAACCUGCACAGUCCAAAGUACAUUGGUGUUUUUUACUUGGCAUUGGCUGACUUUGGUGAAACUAAUGCACUGAUUCCUAACAUGAUGAAGAUUUUUGUUUUUGACUCACAGUACAUCUCCUACAAUGCUUGUUUGGCAAACAUGUUUUUUGUUCACUUCUUUAGUACUAUGCAGAGCCUCACUCUUGUUGUUCUGGCAUAUGAUCGCUUCAUUGCAAUUUGUUUGCCAUUAAGAUAUCACGCCAUAGUAAAUAAUACUGUCAUGUCUGUAGUGUUUGUAGGAUUAUGGGCAUUUAAUGGUGGUUUGGUUGCCUUUGUGGUGUCUUCAAUCACGCGACUUUCAUUCUGUAAAUCCAAUGCUGUACCUAGUUAUUAUUGUGAUCAUGGACCAGUGUUUAGGUUGGCAUGUAAUGAUGUUAGCAUAAGUGCUUUCAUGGCAAAACUCUGCACAGCUUUAUACGUUGUAGCACCAUUGAUCUUUAUAGUCCUGUCAUAUCUGGGAAUUUUUCUUGCCUUAAGUAAAAUAACAACUUGGGAAGGACGUUUAAAAGCACUGAAGACCUGUGUUUCUCACCUGUUGUUAGUGGGAUCAUUUUUUCUCCCCAUAAUCUGCAUAUACACUGCUGCAUUCAUGGUUUCUCUUACUCCCAAUGCAAGGGUCAUCAGCACAUCUCUGGCAUAUGCUGUUCCACCAAUGCUAAAUCCCAUUAUUUAUGUUUUAAAUACAUCUGAAAUCAAAGACUUAAUUAAAAAAUACCUUAAAAAGAGAUCAAUACAAAUUGAGAGUGUUUAAAACAAACUGUUUUCUUAAUUAAAUUUUCAUGUAAAAUACAUUUGUAUUAAAAUACAUUCUCAAAAAAUACUUAAAGAAAAUAGCAAAUCUAUGGAUUAAGAAGAAAUU